AUGGAACGCAUGGAAUGCCUAAAGAGGCGUCGCCAAGGUCUGAGAAGUGCGGUAACUCGAACCGUAAAAGAAGCUACAGAGAAGCUUGGCGACGUAAACCUUGCAGAAGAAGACAUCGAAGUACUUGUUGCUAGGAUAAAGAAACAGACAGAGAACUUGGAGAAAGUGGACGCUGAGCUGGAGCCUUUGUGGUCAGAGGGAGACGUCGACGCGGAGCAGCAAGAGGGCUUCAAGUAUAUCGACGGGGCAACUGCAUUGCUCGCACGGCUACAGUUCAGGCUCGAGCGAAAUUCUACGGCCAUAAGUCGGACGUCAGAACGUCAGUCAGGGUCGAGACAGUCGGAGAACGCUGGAAGGAUGAACCAGCACGGGAAGCUGCCGAAGCUGGAUCUCGUCAAAUUUAACGGUCAAAGGAGGGACUGGUUCGCGUUCUGGGAGCAGUUUCGCCAAAUGGUCCACGACAAUCAAAGGCUAUCCACGUGCGACAAGUUCCACUAUUUAAGAGCAGCGCUUACAGGGGAAGCGGCAUCAGCUAUCGCGGGGUUGCCGCCGACGGAGAGAUGUUACGACGAUGCUCUGGAGAUCCUCAAACGACGUUUUGGGAACGAGACGCUUCAGAUUGAAGAUCACAUGAGCAGGCUUACUAACCUGCAACCGGUGAGAGCACAGCACGAUGUGAGAGGACUGAGAAAGCUAUACGACGGAGUCGUGUCACAUGUGAGAGCAUUGAAGGCACUGGGUGUACCCGAAGAGUCGUUCGCAUCCAUGCUGUAUUCAAUUAUGCUUCGACUAGUACCUCAAGAGUUGGUGGUCGACUUCAACAAAGGGGCGUUGCAGGCAGAAGCUGGAACAACGAGCCAGAGCAGGAGCGGCCAAGAGGCCGGCGACGACAACACCUCAGGGCGUGCAAGCAGCCAGCAUGUUGUCAAACUGAAUAACUUUUUGGUCUUCCUCAGGGUUGAAGUAGAGAGUCGCGAAAGCUCGAUCUUUACGCGUGAGGGAGACAGGAAAGAGCCGGCGGGAUCACACAAGGACAGAGAAGUUAAGACACACGCGAAGAGAGCCAAGAGGCCGUCAUCGACGUCAACGUUGCUUCACACAGCAGAGGAAUACUCGGAAUGUUUUUUCUGCAAAGCAAAGGAUCACAAGACGGCUGAGUGCCAAGCGACGAUUUCAGUAGAAGAAAAGCUACGCAAGCUCAAAGAAGGAGGGCGAUGCUUCAGGUGCACCUUGCCCAACCACGUAUCCAGGAGGUGUUGGCGUAAAGUAGAGUGCAGUAAGUGUCAAGGAAGACAUGCUGCUUCUGUGUGUAGUCCCAGGGGAGACAGCUCGCUCAGCACAGACAAGUCGACGUCGGAAUCGUCGCAGUUCAGUUUAGAGCUGACUCGACGCACCAAAGGCCCAGAGACUAUACUACAGACAGUAGUCGCUUGGUGUAGAGGUCCGGGGGGAGCGAGCAAAGGCAAAAUAAUGUUCGACACGGGCAGUCAAAGGACAUUUGUUACUCAACGAACCGCCCAAAAUUUGAAGUGUGAGACAGUCGGCCAAGAACGACUGAAAGUAGGAGUCUUUGGGGGACGACAAGAAGAAAGAACGUUUCGGAGAGUAUCCAUAAGGCUUCUCAGUCUACAGGGUGGCAAUGAGUACGACAUGGAAGCGCUAGUCACCGACGUCAUCAGUGGCCAAAACACACCUACGCCAUGCUCCUUCAUAAUCGACAAAAUGAGAGCGAAGGACCUUCCAGUCCAGCAGCUGGUGUGUCCAGAAAAUGAAGAGGAAAUACAGGUUCUCAUAGGCACCGAUCAGUACUGGGAUCUAGUGACUGGAAGGAUUGUACGACUAGGCAGCAGCAUAAGAGCAGUGGAGACACGGAUCGGCUGGAUGGUACAUGGAGUGUCACCUAGAGCAGGGACAAUUCAGCAUUGCAAUCAAACGUUGGUGCUCAGACUGUCCGUAGACGAAGACGAAGGGAAUUCGACGUUAGAAAAGUUUUGGCAGCUCGAAUCCAUUGGCGUGGUUCCAGACACGGAUGACGAACAAGAGCAUCCGGUACUACGUCGGUUCUUCCAAAGUGUGACACAAAAUGGAGGGCGCUAUGAAGUUGCGCUCCCGUACAAGUCGACGCUGAAUUUGGGAAACAACAAAGGAGUGGCGUUGAAGAGGCUCACACAGUUAACUAGGAGAUUGGCUCGCAACGAAGAGUUGCUGAAGAGGUAUGACGAAGCGAUCCGGAUGUACAGUGAUAACAGCAUGGCAGAAAGAGUGGUUGACGAAGUUGACGAAGGACAAAGCGUCGUGUACUAUAUGCCACAUCAAGCCAUUUUGAGAGAAUCUAGUAGUACGACUAAGACUAGAGUGGUGUUCGAUUGCUCAUCCAGUUGCGGCUCAACAAAAUCGCUUAACCAGUGCCUAGAAGCUGGACCGAACUUAAAUCCGGACGUCGUGGGAUUACUGCUGAAUUUCCGGGUCCAUAAGAUCGCCUUGGUGGCCGAUGUAGAAAAAGCCUUUUUGCAAAUAACCGUGAGGGAAGAGGACAGAAACGCCUUACGGUAUUUGUGGUAUGAGACAAAACCAGAAGCGGGAAUGCCACUACCACCGGUAGAAAGCUGGAGGAUGACGAGGGUUCCCUUCGGCACGACGGCAAGCCCGUUUUUGCUCGCGGCUACUUUGCGCAGCCACUUCAAGAUGAUGGAAGAGGAAUAUCCAGAAACAGCACGACUCCUUAGUAGCCACAUGUACGUGGAUGAUCUUAUAACCGGAGCAAAUGACGUACAGGAAGCACAGAAGAUCGCAAAAGAAGCGACGGCGAUCUUGGAACAAGCGAAAAUGAGGCUGCAUAAGUGGGCAACAAAUCAUAGCGACGUGCGCGAGUCCCUCCACGCAGAGUCGGGCGAACGAGCAUUGGGUGAUCCCAAGGAUAUGCAGAAAGUUCUAGGAAUAUCGUGGUUGCCGGACACGGACGUUUUAACAUUUGGCAUGAGCGACUUGUGGAGUCUACACCAUGAAGGUGGCGACACGAAACGACGGGUCUUGCAGAUCAUAGCUCGCCUAUAUGAUCCACUGGGAGUGUUGGCACCCUUUACGAUCCGUGGUAGAAUCCUUUUCCAACUGUUGUGGAAGCGCAAGAUUGGAUGGGAAGACAUUUUACCUGCAGACCUUCAAACAACGUGGAUCCGGUGGGGCUCCGAACUACAGGAUCUACCAGACAUAAGAGUACCGAGGUACUAUGGCCGAGACAUGGACAAAGACGUGGUACAUACAGAGAUACAUAUGUUUUGUGAUGCGAGUCCUACAGCGUACGGUGCGGUAGCGUACACAGUUAUGGAAGACCCUUGUGGAACAAGAACCGCAGCGAUGCUGAUGGCAAAGUCAAGGCUCGCCCCAAUAAAAGAGCUGACAAUACCUCGACUGGAGUUGAUGGCAUGUCUAGUGGGAGCAAGGCUUGUCUCCUAUAUCACUGAAAAGAUCAAAAUCAGUCCAGUUCGACUUCACUUUUGGACAGAUUCCAGAAUAGCGCUUUGCUGGAUACGUGGGGAUCCCCAGCGCUGGAAGCAGUUCGUGCAAAACCGGGUACAAGAAAUUCAGAGGCUUACUCAAAUAGAUGGAUGGAAGUAUUGCAAGGGCAAAGAAAACCCAGCAGAUCUACUGACCAGAGGAAUGCAAGCAAAGAAGAUGACUGAAAGCGAGCUGUGGUGGUCAGGACCAAGCUGGAUGACUCGAAGCGACAGCGAAUGGCCUGUGUGGAACAUGGACGAUGACCUGGAGAGAAACGAAUUGGAGGAGAAGAAAACAAAAGUUCUGCAAACGCUGACUACAGAGACGGAAGACGUCAUAGAGAUGGAAAGGUACAGCUCUGUGAGAAGGUUACAUCGGGUUGUGGCCUGGAUUUUGCGAUUCAGAGGGAACGCUACAAAGAAAAGUUACACUACCGGACCCCUGACAGCGCAGGAGUUGCAACGUGCCGAAGAGUGUUGUAUCAAACUUGUGCAAGGGAAAGCCUUUUCAGAAGAAAUAGCGGCUGUGCUGAGUAACAAGCCAUUACCAACAUGGUCAACAUUGCAAGGAAGCAAGUUGUUUAUGGACAUCAGUGGCGUACUGAGGGUAGCAGGUCGGCUACAUCACAGUGAUUUGCCGUAUGAUCAGAAACACCCCGUCGUCUUACCAAAGAAGAAUCAUUAUGCGGAACUGCUGAUCAGGCAGUGUCACUGGGAUCUGCUUCAUGCAGGAGUAAGAGACACUCUCGUCCAAUUAAGGGAAAAGUUCUGGAUUGUGCACGCGCGACAGUUGAUCAAGAGCAUCUUGAAGAAAUGCGUCGUCUGCCAACGAUACAAUGUAAGGGCUGCGAGACAAGAAACGGCUCCUCUGCCGUCAACGAGGGUGACACAGUCAGAGCCGUUCGCAGUAACAGGACUCGACUUUGCCGGGCCAGUGUGGAUAAAGGCACAACGUUCAGCAAAGGAGGCAUACUUCGUAAUUUUUGUGUGCGCAGUGACCAGAGCCGUACACCUUGAACUUGUAGAAGCAAUGUCAGCGACCGCAUUUCUACUGGCGUUCCGGCGGUUCGUAGCUCGGCGAGGAAUACCCAAAGUUGUCUAUAGCGACAAUGCCAAGGCUUUCCGCAAGAGCAACAAGGAGAUUAGAAAUUUAUGGGAUGUGACACACGGUCAUGAAAUCGAAGAGAAGAUUGCUGAAUGGAGAGUAGAGUGGCGGUAUAACGUACCAUAUGCCCCAUGGUGGGGCGGCUUCUACGAACGUCUAGUACGAUCGGUGAAAGUCACCUUGAAGAAGACGAUCGGCGCAAGAUGUCUGAAGGAAGCCGAACUCAAUACCAUUCUCACAGAAGUCGAUGCAAUCCUGAAUUCUCGUCCAAUAACAUUCGUGUAUGAGGAGGAAGGUACGCAUCCACUGUGUCCAUCGGCAUUCCUGACGGGAAAGCGAUUGACAACGCUACCGAACACCAAAGCUAGCGAUGUACCAGAGAGCAGUGGCAGUACUCUACAGAUAAUGUGGCAGAAACGGGCAGAUAAUUUGAAUACCUUCUGGAAGAGAUGGUCCGCGGAAUAUCUCACGGAGCUCAGGAACUUUCAUAACAAAAGCAAAGGAGGACAACUUCAAGUGGAUGACAUCGUGAUCGUCCGCGAUGACAGAAAGAAGAGACAAGGAUGGUCGACGGGACAAAUAAUACGAAGCUUUCCAGGCAAAGAUGGAAAAACACGGGCUUUCGAGGUCCGCAUGUCAGAUCGAACCACAGUGCUACGGCCUGGAGAUCUGCUAUAUAAACUCGAGGUGUAA